AUGGCCAGCUCCGCAGCAAGCGGAGAUGUCGGACCUCCCGCCGAGGAUGAACCUGGGGCGGCGGUGGCGCCGUCACCCCAAGGAUCCGUCACAUCUGUCAAGGUGGCCGUAAGGGUGCGACCCCUGGUGGGGAUGGAGACUGCGCAGGGAUGCGUCGAGUGCAUGUUCGGUGACAACGACAACAAUCAGGUAAUCAUUAACGGAGACAGUCGUCGCCGCAAGUUCGACAACGUGUUUGGGGCGGACUCUACCCAGGAACAGGUAUACCAGAACACCGCCCUUCCUCUGGUGAGGCGGUGCCUCGAAGGCUUCAACGCCACGAUCCUCGCCUACGGCCAGACGGGCUCCGGAAAGACCCAUACCGUUGGCAACGCUUACACGGUUAACGGGUCUCCGGAAGAUGCGGGCAUUAUCCCCCGCGCGGUUACCGACCUCUUCAAGCGAAUCGAAGAGCUUCGGGCGGAGGGGGUGAAGGCCUCCGUCCACGCCUCUUUCCUGGAGGUCAUCAACGAGGAGAUCAAAGACCUCAUUGGCGGUGGCGACGGCAGUACCGAAGGGGGCGUCCCCGUGGGGCUGCCGCUCCGGGAAAACGUGCAAGGAGAGGUGACGGUGUCGGGCCUCAGCAAGCACGAGCGGGAGGUCGUGUGUAUGUCAAACGUGAUUGUUACACCUUUGCCUGGUCUCGGCAAGCACGAGAUCAACGGCGCCGAGAACCUCCAGAGCCUGCUCGAGCGCGGGGCCCUCUGCCGGACGACCGCAAGCACCAACAUGAACGCCCACAGCAGCCGCUCCCACGCCAUCUGCACCCUGAGCUUCCAGAUGGUCCGCCCGGCGACUGAGACGUCGGACGAGACUGUCACCUCGUCGUUGUUCCACCUGGUAGACCUGGCGGGGUCGGAGCGCGCCAAGAAGACCGGGGCGGAGGGCAAGCGCCUGCGGGAAGGCAUCAACAUCAACAAGGGGCUGCUGGCUCUAGGAAACGUAAUUUCAGCGCUGGCGGAGGGGUGUGGUAGCGGUGGCGGCAGCGGCGGUCACGUUCCCUACCGAGACUCCAAGCUGACGAGGCUGCUUCAGGGAAGCCUUGGGGGAAACUCACACACCCUCAUGAUCGCCUGCAUCAGCCCGGCAGACAGCAACAUGGGAGAGAGCGUCAACACUCUGCGCUACGCCGAGCGCGCGAUGAACAUCCAGAACACGGCGGUGAAGAACGAAGACGUUUCGGGGCCGCCGGUCAGCUACGCGGAGGUGCGGGUGAUGGAGGUAGAAUUGGUUCAGGCUCGUCUGUCGGGGUUGGCGGGCGGCUUCGGCUUCGGCACGGGGGGGCGGGGGAUGGGAAUGGGUGGUGAAGGCGGGGGGGGGGAAGCGUAUCGAAACGCGCUGGAGGAGGCGGCCGAGCUGCGAAGAGGGCAAGCGGACCUGGAGCGGCGCGCGCUGGAAGAGACCCGGCGCGCGACCCAAGCGGUGGAGGGAGAGAUGUCCGCCCGGCUGGAGUCGGACACGUGGCGCGUUCGCUGCGAGCAGCUCUCGGCCUUGCUGAAGGAGAAAGCACCGCGCGCCCUGGACGGCCUUCCCGCCUGGGCCACCGGAGAACAAGAAGAACAGGGAGAAAGUUCUUCGGAACCUUCCGGAGAUCGGCUCCCGGAAAGCGGGGGCGACGCAGAAAGUUCUUCGCCCUCCGAAGUCCAGGAGGCGUCGGGGUCCGGGGCUGCGGGGUCGCUGGCCAGGGAGCUGAGGAAAAAGGUGUUCGAUCUUGAGCAGACGGUGUUCUCGCUGGAGGGGAGGCUCAGGCUGGCAGACGAGGCUAGGCUCGAGCGCCGCCGGGGCGGCGGCGGCGGCGGCGGCGGCGGAGGCGGAGGCGGCGGUGGCGACUGCGGGCUUGGCGCCGUUGUUGCCGUGCCUGGCGUUGGGGCGGGGGUAACACCGAGGGUUUCUACGUGCUCUUCGUCUGCCAGAGAAGAGUGCUCAUUCGACUCUUUCGACUACGAGGAGGCGGGGGGGGGCGGUGGAGGCGUGUCGUUCGAGGGGAGGGAGGGCGGGGGGCCGGAGGAUGGCGAGCCCGGGGAGGACGGCGGCGUGGAAGAGAUCCGGAGGGUGGAUGAGGAGAUCGAGAGCAAGGAACGGGAGCUCCAGAUGAAGGCGCGCCAGGCGCAGGCUUACGAGGCGAUGAAGGGACAGUUCGAGGGGUUGCUGGGCCGCCUACAGGUGCGUGCGCUCACCGUAUACGACACGAGAUAA